AUGGUGGUUGAACAAAUGCAAUUGAAAGGCACCCUUGAGGGCCACAACGUCAUCUCUUCAUCUCGCGAUCGCUCCAUCAUCCUUUGGGAUGUGGACAACAUUGCCACCGAAGGAGAGUCGAUUGGACGUCCCGUAAAAGCCUUGACCGGACACAAUCACUUCGUGUCUGACGUCGCCAUCUCUUCAGAUGGACAGUUCGCCCUUUCCGGAUCUUGGGAUAAGACCUUGCGACUGUGGGACUUGACAACCGGUCAAUCUACUCGCCAGUUCUCGUCACACACCAAGGAUGUGCUCUCGGUUGCUUUCUCUGCUGACAACCGACAGAUCGUCUCUGGAUCACGUGACCGUUCCAUUAAGCUGUGGAAUACCCUUGCUCAAUGCAAAUACACCAUCACUGAGGAUUGUCAUACUGAUUGGGUAUCCACCGUCAGAUUCUCACCAUCCACUCGUGACCCAGUGAUUGUCUCCGCUGGUUGGGAUAAGAUCGUCAAGGUCUGGAACCUUGGUAACUGCCGCUUGAAGACCAAUCACAUUGGUCACACUGGCUACGUCAGCACUGUGACCGUCUCCCCAGACGGCUCACUAUGUGCAUCCGGUGGCAAGGACGGACAAGCUAUGCUUUGGGAUCUUAAUGAGGGCAAGCACUUGUACACUCUCAAUGGAAACGAUGUUAUUCACGCUAUGGCCUUCUCACCGAACCGAUACUGGUUGUGUGCUGCUGUUGGGCCUGUUAUCAAGAUCUGGGAUUUGGAGGACAAGCGCGAGAUCGAGGAACUCAAGCCUGAGAUCACUGGAAAGAGCUCCACCGCCCCUCAAUGCGUGUCGUUGGCCUGGUCGCAAGACGGACAGACCCUCUAUGCUGGAUACACCGACAAUGUUAUCCGUGUCUGGCAGCGUUGUUUAUUUGCUUCUGAUGCUUGGAUGUCAGACCGUGCUGAGGUGAUUUCUUUAUGUAUUCGAUUAGCAGCUGCAGCAGCUCUAUCAUUCUUCACGGUCCGUUAUAUGGUGAAGUUUCUUGAUCCAAAUUACGCUACCAAGGAGGAGGCGAAGAAACGGGUGGCUCAACUGUUCCGUGAACUGGGCUUGAGCGAACGUAUCGAGUUGAAUGAUUAUGAGAUGCGAAUAGCUACUCAGUUCAUCAGUGGAGAGGAUGUUGGUGCUGAGUGGAGCGACGUUGGUGGUUGUGAUGAGCUCAUUGCUGAUCUUAAAGAUAGGAUAAUUCUACCUUUGCAAAUAGCUGCUCAAGCAGAUAGCUCACUGUUAUGCCCUCCAAAAGGGAUUUUGCUAUAUGGUCCACCAGGCUGUGGUAAAACAUUGCUAGCAAAAGCCGUGGCUCGAGCUGCUGGAUGCAGAUUUAUAAAUCUGCAAGUGUCAAAUCUUACUGACAAAUGGUAUGGAGAGUCACAAAAGCUGGCGGCUGCCGUAUUUUCCGUGGCACAGAAGUUCCAGCCUACAAUCAUAUUCAUUGAUGAAAUAGAUUCAUUUCUACGUGAUCGUCAAGCAAACGAUCAUGAGGCUACCGCGAUGAUGAAGGCUCAGUUCAUGUCGUUAUGGGAUGGAUUCUGCAGCACGAAUGAUCAGAUCAUUGUUAUGGGUGCUACUAAUCGACCUCAAGAUGUGGACCCGGCAAUCUUGAGACGUAUGUCAGCACGCUUCCCCGUUCCCGUUCCUUCCGAGAAGCAGAGAGCCCAAAUUCUCAAUGUUAUACUUCGUGAAGAACGUCUAGGCAACGAUGUUGAUUUGGAUAAAAUCGCAGCCAUGGCAGUUGGAUUGUCUGGUUCUGAUUUGAAAGAGGUGUGUCGCAUCGCCGUACUAUCGAGAGCCAAGGCUACAUUAGCCGAGCAUGGCGAUUUGCGGAAUCGUCAAGCUAUUCACUCAGAAGACUUAGAAUUAGCUCUUAUGAAAUAUAUGCGUGCCUACCAACACAUGACUGAUCAAACACUCGAUUGAUUUUAGGCAGAUCUCAUUGCCAUUAGGAUUAGCCAUUUUCUAGUUUUUAAUAAUCUGAUUCUAGAGCAUUUUAAUUUCAUAUGAAGUAGGACGUUUUUGUCCGUUCUAGUCGUGUCCAAAUAAUGCACUAUUGUGCUACGGGCUGUAAAUUCCAAC